AUGACCCCCCCGGCUCCUGUCAAAGUUGCGCCCUUGCCUCGUCCAUACCGCGACUUUCUCACCCCGUCGUUGCAUAGAAGAUUCACCAGUGCUGCUCUGAUUGGACUUGCAGCAUGCUGGCUCAUCUCAGUGUCCAUGGCUAGUCCUGCCUUGUUCUGGUCCUGGUUCCCUCUCGGUCCCGCUGGUAUUCGCGCAGCCUUCCUCUUCAUCUCGUCACUUUCCAUCUUUGUCCUCCGAGUCGCUCAAUUGCAUUUUGGCCCGCGAUCCACCAUCUCGACCUUCGAGUCUCUCUGGAACUAUGCUCUAUCCAAGAACACCGUCCUUACAUGCUUCUGGUACACUCUUUCGGCUUUCCUCUUCGCAGAGCUUUACAUCUUUUCAACCGCCAAAGAUGCCAAUCUUGCAUGGAUUGACCCUGGCAGAUCCUACGAACGCCCCAGAUUGAACGAACGUCCUGUCCUCCUCCGCUCUCAGUUCCUCUUCCUUGCCCUGGCGCAAUCCGCAAUCCACCUGUACAAGGACUACGACUUGAUCCUCCUGCCGCAAACUCCCUCCAAGAUAUCGCCGAUCAUGCAGUUGAAGGACGAAUUUAAGAACAUCGCCGCCCACACUGCCAAGCUCGUCAGUCUUACUUGCUUGUUUGGUCCCUUCUUCUACUUUGCCGUCUGGCGCAACCUCGCUUGGGCUUUGGCCUUUAAGAUUGGCCAGACUCUGUUCUUCCUGCCCAAAUCAACUAGACCCGCUGGUAUCACCAACCCCGUGGCUCUUAUUGGCCGCUUCGUCUGGGCCGCGACGCUUUUGGUUGCCCUAUGGGAGCUUUCCAACCGUGCCUUUACCAUCUACACUGCUCAGGAGCCUGUCAAGAAGGACAAGCCUUUGACUGCUGAUUCGAAGGAUCCUAAUGGCAGCUUGAUUGCUGGACUGCGGGCUAAGAAGGAGAUUCCCAAGACCAUGGCCUUCUGGGAACUUGCCAUGAUUACACAAAAGUUCGAGGAUCGCAGAAAGAAUCUGUUCGGGGAGCUCGACAGAAAAGGUGGAUCUACCUGGACUCAAAUCGCCAAUCUAUGUAUGGUAGAAAUUCAGUCUGUCAGCCAGCGCAUCCAGGACUCGCAGGGGGCCGUAAUCCCAACACCUGAGCAGGCUCCUCAGCCUCUCAAGACUCUGCCUAGAAUCUCGUCGCAGCCCGUCAGAGAAGAUGCCAUCUUCAGACCAUCACCUCCUCCUUCUACAGGUCUUCAGGCAUUCGAGAACACUGUCGGUAUGGUUGCAAGGUCUUACGGUCAAUCACAUGGUGCUACCAACCCCGUCAGCCCGCGAGCACAAAGACUGCUCGAAUACGGCACUGAUCGUAUCUUGAGUAAGGAGCAGCAGGAGCAGUUCGGUCGCGCCAACAUGGUCAACAACGCCAACGGUCUGAUCGCUUCCAUCAUCCGCACACCAUUCGGCAUGCCUUUCCGCCAGGUCUUUGCCCGUCGCAUCAAUGCCGUAGUCUUCGGUGUCCCCUACAGCACUAGCACCAUUAUCAUCAAUGCUGUCAAAGCGAUCUGCGGUCUCGCCGUCGCCAGUCUGAAGGAAGAUAACCUCGGUCAAGUGCAAAAGGAUAUUUCGACCAUCGUGCGCACCCUCAUAAUCACCACACAGCAGAUCCAACUAUUUGUAGCAAAGCUCCCUCCACACUGGACAGACGUUGACUUUAAUGGUGAUCGCCAAGUGCCUGAAGUUGAAGCUCUGUUGCAAGUUCUGAAAGAUGGCUUGCAUGAGAUCGUCGUCACCUUUGGCGAAUAUGCUGGUAAUCUCGGUCUUUCCAGGACUGAGAUCGCGCUGGCCAAAGAGUUGGCCGGUAGAGGUCCUGAGAUGGAAAUCAUCAGAUAG